CCUGUACCCUGAAUUGUAUUCCUAGCCUAGUUUCUCCUAUUUUCCACCUGCUCGCUAACCACGAAGUUAUUGUUCCACAGAUGACAGGCUGCAAUCGAACCAUAAUUUCUCGGAGAUCACAUCGGAAAUCGAGGAAUGGAUGCAGCAAUUGUAAGCGGCGCAGAAUUAAGUGUGAUGAGGUCAAACCCGCAUGUGGGCAAUGUAUCAACCACUCCGUCUUGUGCCAAUUCUCUCGAGGUGGUCAGUCAGACCCAACCUCGUCAGAUACUUCGCCCCCCUCCGGUCCACCAGGAAUUACCUCAUCGCAACCCCCUGAGACGGAUCUUCCCAAACCCCUACUGAAUAAAGAUCAUGUCUAUAUAUCGUCCACUCAGACAGACUUCAAUCCGCCUAAGCGGAGAUGGCGCCGACGACAACCUCUCUCAGCCAAUCCGGGGCCGGCAUCAGAGACCGUCUCUCCACCACCGACUAACCAUAUGUUCCAAUUUAGUACAGCUGAUCUAGGGCUCUUCCACCACUAUAUAACAUCAACCUCUACCGCCAUGGCAGAUGAUGAGGAAAGUAGAUACUUUAUGCAAACGGCUAUCCCACAAUUAGGAUUCCGCUUCCAUCAUAUCCUGCAUCUCCUUUUGGCCUUCUCCGGCUAUCAUAUCGCUCAUCUAGACCAAAAUCGGUCUUCUUUACCUAAUACAAUCGCGGUAAAUGAGCGCAUUGCCGAGGCAGACCGUCAUUAUGAUAUCUCUCUUCGUCAAGUGAGCUACUCGAUUCGCGACCUGAACGAAACUACAUGUCAUGCCGUGUACUCUGGUGCAGUGCUCAUCUGUCUGUGUCACUUGGGAAAAGGUCCGCGGGCCGGCGAAUACAUCGCGUUCAGUGAUUCCAACCAUCCCGAAUGGCUGACACUGCUACGUGGCGUCCGAUCUAUUGUCGAGAUGACCCGAGAUGUGUUCUCGAUCGAUCCAGUCCCUCCCGCCGGGGCUGACAAAAACAAAAGUCCAUCUUCGUUCGCCAAUCCGACUGUGGUUGAGGCUGCCUUACUGGAAUGGAAAUGCCGUCUCCAAGAAUACCAAGACAUAUUCACGGUUGAAUAUCUCGUUGAUGAUUACCGUCACGCUGUAUACUCCCGAGUAGUUGAACGCCUUGCUGGGGCCUUUGACAGUGUUUAUCAGAGGGAAGACGCUCCACGGGGCGAAAAAUGUGCGAAAGUUUUCCAAUGGCUCUACCAACUACCGGAGGAGUUUAUCCUUGAUCUUCAACAGCGCAAAUGGCUCUCUUUACUACUACUAUCAUACUUCAUUGUUUUGUUAAAGCAGUUGGAUUCGUAUUGGUUCAUCCAGGGAUGGCCAGAGCAUGUAAUGAGUGAGAUUUAUCGAUCGCUCGAUGAGCAACAACGGUGUCGGAUAAGGUGGCAGAUGGAUCAGGUCGGAUGGCAACCGCCAGUAAAUCAGACAUGA